AGGAAGGAGCUUGUUGGAUCUUGUGUGAAAAAAGUGCGCUGUCAGUGACUUUGUUCUUUUAGUAAACGAAAUUUCCAGAUCGUUCUGCGAUAGAAACCGUCUAAAGGAGGAACUUCAAAGUUUGUUUCGGUUUCGUCGAACGAUUCCGAUCGUCUAUCAUAGGAAGAUAUCGCGAGAGAGAAAAAAUGAGCGGAAGAUCACAAAUAACAGCAAUGAAUGGAAAAAGGCCAUCUUCGAUGCCUAUGAAGCAUCAGACUGAAACUUUGGCUCAACACUUCGACCUAAUCAAAUACAUAUGUGACUCUUGGAAUUCCGUAUCAAGAGAAUUAGACAUGUGUUAUAAUCAGCCUCACUUGAAUUCUUCGAAUUACAGGAAUGGUACUUCCGUUACAUAUUACCAAGAGUGCGAGCCGAAUCCUCAACUCAAAGAUUUUGAGCCAUUCGAUCUUGAAGCUUGGUGGGGACAACGCGUAGUUCAAAGUAUUACCAGAAAUGCGAGUUCCUAGUGCCAGGCUGAACUUGUUGGCUAUAAUCGAACGUUUUCAAACAGACAUAAAAAGCAGAAGAGAUAAUCUCAAAGUUGUAAAAAUAACUUUUGUCUUCUCUAGGAACAAUGCAUCGUAUAAAAGAAAGAAGUGAUGAUGGUACACAAAUAUACACUCACAAACACACACGAACAUAUACACGAACACACAAGUAUCCGAUUGAGCGACUUGUGAACCUUUUGAUAAUGAGAAUGGUGGUAGGUAAAUAUUAUGGAAAAACAAAGAGGAAGGGAGAAUAGCAUUAUUUUAUGCACAUGCUACGAAACGACAUUCCUCUCACCUUUGAUCGUAUUUUAAUACAAUGUUUUCUUUUACUUCGUCAGUUUAAGGAACGCACGUAUUAUAUAAAAUUGAAAUUUUUACCUUUUCCUAGUUCUAGCGUACGUUAUCUUUGUAAGAUUCAAGAGACGUAGUAAUUAGGAAGACGUUGAUGCAUGAUGAAUAAUUUAUUUUAUUUCUCAAAGAUGUAAGUAUAGGCACUAGUUUAUUCUGAAAUUAAAUUUUCUCUAUUAUUUAACGUGUUAUAUAUAUAUAUAUAUAUAUAUAUAUAUAUAUAUUUGAUGUAUAUAUAUAUAACACGCAUUCAAAUAAAUAUGUAUAUAAAUAACAAAUAAUUCCGCGCGUUUUUUACAUCUUUAAAGUAAGAUUCAUGUGGAUAGAAAACUAACUUAAUGCACAAAGCAUUUAACAGAUAAUAUAAACACGAGUGACAAAAGCACGCGGAUAGAUAGUCUUCAACGUAUACUUCUAAGAAUUUACACACCACACAACACACACACGCGCGCGCGCGUACACAGAUAUAUAUAAUAUAUAUACAGACACAUGGAUUUUUACACUAGUUGCAUUUUACAUUAUUAAGGAUUUUGCUCUUCUCGGCACUCACGGAAAAGAAAAUAUUUAUGUUAAAACAAAAAUAGGAAAAAAAUUUUCUAAACGUAUUCUAGAAUGAUUAUUAUUAAUAUAAAAGAAAAGAAAUGCUAUAUGCGAUUAAAAUAGUAGACGUAACUUGCAGAACUAUUUCUGCGUAAUUUUACGUAUGUACACACACGUACACACGUGCAUGCAUGCAUACAUACGUAUAUGUAUGCAUGAUGUGUAUAUGUUCAUAAUAUGUACAUCUAUGCGUGUAUAGUAAUUGUAUAAGAUUAAUCGGAUAGCGUUUUUAAUGACAAAACAAAAAAGAUUAGUAACCUUCUACAA